ACUUUUGUUACUUCCAACCCGACAUUCGACGAUGAAAAUUUUGCUUUUGGUGCUCGUUAGUGUCGGAUUUUGUGAACUGAUUCAUCGCGAGAGUGUGGUUCGAGUUAGGGAGGAAGCGGGGCCCGGGGGCGUAUGGCAGACCAAAACCCAGUGGAAGGCCCAUUGGGUCAAGCAUUGGGAGACGCGAAAAAUUUGGAUACCGAUUUGGAGAAAGGUGUGGGGGCCCGUGGAGGUGAAAGAGUGGAUUCCUCUACCCAAACCGCCCCCGAGUUGGACCCCACCGCCAUCGUAAAACACAUGACUCUUUACAAUUGUACGCUUUACACUUUAUUGCUGUGUAGUAUGAAAGACAAAUAAAUUAUUUAUUUAU